UGAUCCUUAUCACCUCCACUUAAAGAUAGGCACUAAUAUAUAUUUUAUUGCUUUUUCCAAAGCUCUUAAAGAUUGCAGGAAUGAACAAUGAAAUACCCAAAAUCUGGUCAUAUAUCGAGUCAACAUUGGCACCUUUCAUCAUGGCAGCGUAUGGAGCAUCAAAAAAAAGAUGUGAAGAUGCCAGAUUCCAAGCUACAUCAGCUGCAGCAGGCCCUGUCCCAAAGAAAACAGAAGAUGUAAUAAAUUCUAUCACAAGAACUAUUAAGAGCUUUGAUAAGAGACAGAUUUCACAGCAUAUAAAGCUAUUGGAAAUCAAGUCUAUGAAGUCAGUUGGCUUUUCGUACAAUACACUGGCUCCACUUAUUGGAGUUCAUCCAAGGAAGCUGUGCGAUGAGCUCCUAGAGAUCCCUGGGGCGAAGAAGGGAAGGCAUUACUAUCUACAUAAAGAUUCGCCGACAACCCACUUUAAGACUAAGAAGGGCAUAGACCAAGUCGGAAAAAGCUCUUUCAAUAAGAGCAUCUCUGUGCCAGGAUCUUCACUUUCAACCAAUUUUAUCGAAUUGGUUGAAAGGAAGUAUGCUGGAGGCCAAGCCUCUGAAAAUGGCUGUGAUGGUGAACAGAGAAAAAAAGAGAGAAAGAGUAAAAACAAAGGGGACCAGAACAAGGCUGAAUGUGAAGAGGAGGAAAGUUUGGAUGAAUGCAAAGGGGAUGACGAGGAUGAAAGUGGGGGAGAGGAAAUAAGGGCUGAAAGUGAGGGAGUGGAAAGAAGCAUGGAUGGAAUUAAGGGAGAAAAAAACCUUGAUGAAAAGGGGGAAGAGGAAAGCGAAACAGAUGAUAGUGAGGGAGAGGAAAGCAUGGAUGAAAAAGUGGGAGAAGAAACUGUUGACGAAGGUGAGGGAGAUGAUAACCAAGAUGGAAGUGAUCAUGAAGAAAGCCAGGAAGAAAGCAAUGGCAUAGACAGUGAGGGUGAAUGCAAAGGGGAAGACAUUCACCUUCAUAGCAAAGGCAUUCAAAGCAAAGAUCAAAGAAAAGAUAACAAUGUUAACAAAGAAAAAAUACCAGUGAAGAGGAAAUACAGAGUGAAAACAGAGGCUGAAAAACUCAAGGAUGGCCUGAGCAUCACUGCAUCAACCCUACCUUUGAAGAGGUGUAGGAGAAUUUGAACGACUUUAUAGACCGUUGAAAUGUAAAGCUGGUUUAAAUUUUUUGAAAUUUUUAAAUUGAAAUCAUUGGUUCAUGUUUUUACAGGGUUCACUUUUAAAAAAGUAAAUACUUUUUCAUACUGUAUCUGCUCUGCUCUACCGCAUUAAUGAAUUUUCAAAAAUAAAUAUUCCAUAGAUAAACUAUCAUUGAUAUAGAAUUUUUUUGUGUACUAAAUGCAGUUUCUUAAAAACUGCUAUGAAAUAUGAUGUUUUUUUAAUUAAUCAGAGUGGGGCAGGGGUUGGGGAGGUGCAUAUAUACAUUUUCAUAUGGACGUCACAAAAAAUUAGAGUGAUCUUCAUAAAAGAAAUUUACUUAACAAAGUUUAGUAAUAAUGACUAAUUUACAAUAAAGAACAAUGGAUGAAUAGCUCGCUAACUUUCAAUUGUUAAUUAAGCCAAAAAUUAUUUCGUGGGUCUAUGAAAACCACUCUAUCAGCAAUUCACAAAGGAAUGUUCACAAAAAUAAAAUAUCUUCAAUUAAUUUCAUUCUUAAUUUACAAGAAUGAAUUUUAUCUCUGAACACAAAGCAGAUUUUUUUGAGACAAUUGAUGUUUAUAGAGAUAGUCAAAUCAUGAUAACAUUUAUAGUGAAAUAAACAUGUUUAACUAAACAUGGUUUGGUGUUAAUGGAGUAAGCACAAAAGAAGACAAUGAAUUUACAGAGUAAAUAUUUGAAAGCUGCAUUUAUUUCCUUAGUACCAUAGUUAUUUUAAUUUUAUUUAUUUAUUUUUUUUACAUAGCUUAGG